UUCUCACCUCGCAGCCAAAAAUCCAUCUUUCUCUGCGCCGGAGGCACACGCAGUGCAACGGAGCCGAAGGUGCUUGCCUGCUUGCCUACCGGCUUGAACAGUGCCAGAGUGCCGGCUGGUCCCGAUCCAACUCCGGGAGCGGAGUCAGUGUGUUCCUAGAGGCUGCUGACUGAGACACAGCGGGGUUGGGCAGCUGGCCGAGCUGCGUCGCUGUAAACAACUGCGAGGGUACAAUGACGCACCUGAAUUUACACUUGCGCGKKUUUUGGACGGUCGACUAGACAUCUUUUUAGUCAGUGUUCCGUGACGGACUGCCAUGACAUUUAGGCWACCCAUGCUGCUUUUUGCGCAGUAGACUGAGUAGCAUUAUAAGCUGUUUUAUGCUGAGGGGUGUUCCAACUAUGCCUAUUGCCUUGUAAUACACUAUGACGUCUUCUCUUAUUCACUAUUGAAGUGAGRAGCCKAUUUCUUUAAUUAUUGCCACACACACCUCUAUUCUAUUUCAUUUUCAGGUGAGUCACAUUGGAAUGAACAUUCACUGCUGUCAACUUMGAUAGUUGCCUGCCUGUCCGUCCCAAUGAGAUGUCAGUACUUUGACAGUGAAAAAUGCCGUGUCUGUCUACAGAGAGCUGGACUGAGGUGCAGGUGGGCUGUCGUAUGAAAUAGGAGAAGGACUUGGUGGCCACACACCCCCAAUUCAGUUGUUACACACACACUGUCGCUCGGAGUGGCGAGACGCAGAUGCGCACUCCACGGACACCCAACUCGGCACUCAACUUUUGCUCUGUGCGUGGAUCUAUUAAAUAUAUAUUUUCUCUUCAAUGAGCUUGUGAACYAACGGAGGAUAGAUGUUAUUUUGUGGGCUAAUWUAUUUUUCUAAAUAGCCGCAAAGGACCAGGGUUGAAAUAAGAAUGCCCAAUUGUGUUUGAGACACCUGCGUUGAUUAGUCUCGCUUGGUGAUUUCUCAAAUAUGGAUUAUGUGUGUAAUGUGGCUCAAAUAGCAGAGAAUGGAUAUUGUUUUGUCGGUAAGGAUUUAAUAUUGAAUUGCCCAGUAGUGCAUUGAGUAGAGGGGCAGCCGCAGCCUGACGAUGCCGGACGCGUCUCGGGACGUGCCGGUGCAUUCCUCUCCAGCAGUGGCGGCGAACGCGGAGGGAGACGAGAUAGAAGUGCUGGAGAGUAUCGAUGUUCUUCCCGUGGCCCCAGAGGACCAAUGGAAAUCUCUGUUCGACAAGUUCGACUCAGAGAGUUCAGGAUUCAUCAGUACAGAGCGGUUCAGGGACCUGCUGGCGGCCCACGGCUCGGAGCUGGACCCUCACAAGCUGGAGGUUCUAUUGGCCCUCGCCGACGGCAACGCAGACGGAAAGAUCUGCUACCAGGACUUUGUCAACCUGAUGUCCAACAAGCGCAGCAAAAUCGCGGCCAUCCUCCAGGGAAGUCGUCAGUUGAAAGGGGCCGGGGCCCUGGGGGAGGAGGUGGGUCUGGGUUUGUCCCAGAGGCUGGUGAGGCACAUCGCCUACGAGACCCUGCCCCGGGAGAUCGACAGGAAGUGGUACUUCGACAGCUACACCUGCUGCCCACCACCCUGGCUCAUCCUGGCUAUCACCAUCGCUGAGGUGGCAGUGUUCAUGUACUAUGGCCUGCAAUUGGACCGCUGGGUGCUGCAGGUGUCCAGUCCCCACUUCCUGAGGGGCCCACUGCCAUACCACCCCCAGCUACGGAUUCAGGCCUGGAGAUACCUCAGCUACGCCUUCAUGCACGCAGGGAUAGAACACCUGGGUCUGAACAUGGCCAUGCAGCUGCUGGUGGGAGUCCCUCUUGAGAUGGUCCAUGGAGCGCUGAGGAUAGGACUGGUCUACGUGUGUGGUGUACUGGCAGGCUCCCUUGCCGUCUCUGUCACUGAUAUGACUGCUCCGGUGGUGGGGUCGUCUGGAGGAGUCUACGCCCUGGUCUCAGCACACCUGGCCAACGUCGUCAUGAACUGGUCGGGUAUGAAAUGUCAGUUUAAGCUGUUUCGGAUGGCCAUGGCUCUGGUCUGCAUGAGUGUGGAGUUUGGCCGUGCCGUGUGGCUGCGGUUCUACCCGCCGGCCUUCCCGCCCUGCCCCAACCCCAGCUUUGUGGCCCACCUGGGGGGUGUGAUGGUGGGGCUCACCCUGGGGGUUGUAGUCCUCCAGAACUACGAGCAGCGUCUCCAAGAGCAGUCUCUAUUCUGGAUCUUCUUCUCUGUCUACUUACUCUUUGUCCUCUGUGCUGUCUUCUGGAACGGUCUUCGGCCUAGCGUGGACGUCCGGCUCCCCCCACGCUGUGAGCUCCAAGGUGGCUACAUGAGCUGCACCCCCCCCCAGCCCCUCAGGCCUCCGAACAAGGAUUGGUCUCAAUAG